AUGGCUUUUCAGUCCAACUCCAGCAUCGCGAUGGCUCUUGCUGGCAAGACCAAGACCGCCUCUGUUGAUAUCCCCCAACCGCGUGCGGGCCUGUCGGGCAAGUCCCAGUCUCGCCCCGGACACCCGGCCAUGCUCCCAACGCCACCCAACUCCAUCUCCCCCACUCUUCCCCCACAGGCCUUUAAGGGUCAUCCGACUCUGUCGCCGGGCUCGCCACUAUCAACGGUCCCCCAACUAGACUCGGAUAUCGAUCUCCAUGACGAGAGAGACCAUGUCCACGGCCAGGACCGUUCGGCCCCCGCGCACGAUUUAGACAGCGUCGGUGAUAUAACCCCAGUCAUGCUGGCAAAAUACCACCUGCCUGAGAUCCUUCUGCAGCAAGGUCCGCUUGCGAUCCGUCAUGUCAUGGGAUACCUGACCACCUCGGUGCCUGGUUUCUCGCGCAUUCCACCCGCCAAGGCGCGUCGCCUUGUAGUGGCCGCACUUGAGAACCGUGGCAACGGAGAAGCAGAUGUGCAGGGUGAUGUGGUCUUUGAGAAGAUCGGUUGGGGACGCUGGGAUGCGCGUCGACGCAAUGAAGUUGUGCGCGACCGUGCCUUUUCCUUCAACCCAUCUUCUCCCCUUCCACAGCGUGGAAUGCAGAUCGAGGGUCGUUCAGGUUGGGACGCCCGACGUGACAGUCGAGAUCCGUACGGGGCUAGUAUGGGCCGUAACAACUCCAUCGCCUUCUCGUUCGCUGAUGCGGAGGAUUAUGGUGCGCGGGGUGAGUACGAGGAUCUCGACAUGCUCGAGCAUGAGGCCGAUAAAAUGUCUCUGGAUGGCGAUGAACAGGAAUACUGCUCUUCUUCUGAGGUGCCGGACGACGUGCAAGAUGGAGAGUGGGAUGAAGGCGAUGUUACCGACGAAGAAGAUUGGGCGCAGAUUGGAGCGGAUGCGCUGCGAGCUCGUUCCAUGACUGGUAGUGGUGGCUUUGUACGGAGUAACAAUGUUGCUGCUCGAGCGAAGCCUCUUCCUGCUGGCUUUUUCGGUAAUACCCACGCCAACCGACCCACUCCAUCCACUUUGGCCAAGUCUACUCCCCACAACUUUGACACCCAGGAACGCGCUGCGGUAGAGGCGCUUCUCCGUUUGGGCUCUAUGUAA